AUGGCUUUAAACUACAUCGUCUCUGCAAAGAAGGCAUCCGUAGUUACGGAUGCUGUUGUGGGUAAUUUCACAGGCGAUGAGGAUAUGAAUCUCAUCCUUGCAAAAGUGAAUCGAUUGGAAAUUGUAAAGGUCGCAUCUGAUGGAUUGAAGGUGGUCCAGGAGGUUCCUGUUUUCGGCAGAAUUGAAACGAUACGAUUGUUUCGGCCUAAGAAUGAGACUCGUGACAGCCUACUCAUACUUACGGCAAAGAAUCACUUAGCCAUUGUGGCAUGGGAUGUUGAACGAAACGAACUGAAAACACGAGCAGCUGGCAGCGUAUGCGAUCGGGUUGGAAGACCAAGCGACUACGGUCCGAUUGCUUGUGUGAAUAGAUCUGGGCUUAUUGCGUUGCGUAUCUAUGAUGGGACACUGAAAAUUAUUCAGUGGGAAGAUAACAAGGACCUGAAGUCAUUCAAUGUUCGAUUUGAAGAUCUCGCUAUUGUGGACCUGAGCUUUACGGAAACAUCGAGUGACUCCAUAAGGCUAGCCUACAUCUCUCAGGAUUCAAAUGGUAGGCACUUGAAGACCGUCGAACUUUCCAUGGUGGAAAAGGAACUGAAAACGAUCUCAAAGCAGGACAAUAUCGAGACGGAAGCCAGGAUGGUUAUACCUGUGCCGCUGCCUUGUGGUGGUGUAAUUGUCGUUGGUCAGGAAACAAUAUUGUACAAUGGAGAAGACAAUGUUUACUUAACAAUUUCGCCAAACACGAUGAAUAGAUCUCUCUUCACAAGCUACGCCCCAGUUGAUUCAAAUGGGCAGAGAUUCUUGUUGGCUGAUGAUCACGGUAUACUUUACAUGCUUGUUUUGGACAUGGAUACUAAGAGUCCCAGUCCCAGUGUGAAAGAUUUGAAGAUCGAAUCACUUGGAGAAACGACGAUUGCGGAGUGUUUGGUCUACCUGGAUAAUGGGGUUUUGUUCGUCGGUUCACGCUUUGGUGAUUCUCAGCUAGUUCGUCUCACUUCACAGCCGAAUCCCGAGAAUAAUUCUUUUGUUCAGGAGGGAUCUCUCCGUAUCAUACGGAAUGGCAUCGGUAUUGAUGAAGCUGCAUCUGUAGAUAUUCCAGGCGUCAAGGGUAUAUUUGCGCUGAAGAUUGAUUCCAAACUUGACAAUUACCUAAUUAUCUCGCUAAGUUCGGAAACUCACAUACUGGCAAUGAAUGGGGAAGAACUGGAGGAUACUCAACUACUUGAUUUGGAAACGGACGAGCACACUUUGUGGGCUGGAAUGCUCGGGUUAUCCCAAAUUGUCUUACAGGUAACAUCAACCACUGUGUUAUUAGCUAAAGAAGGAGCUAAAAAGGUUACUUGGAAACCAUCGCAUAACGCGCUGAUAAACUUGGUAUCUGUAAAUCAAGGAAGCGGACAGCUAGUGGUCGCUUGCGGAACACGCGUUUACUAUCUUCAAUGUGGUGAUAUGACGAUCAGUGAAGUUGCAAAUGCGACACUUCAGGAUGAAGUGGCAUGCAUAGAUAUUGGCACUAUAGGUAUGUUUGAGCAGUUGCUCUGCUCUCCCGUGAAGGACUCUAUUACAUUCGCAGCUUCAGAGGAAUCACUUGAUUCUACGAUCAUCGCAGUAGGAUUCUGGAAGCAUCAUCGAAUUGCGUUGUAUUCACUUCCGCAGUUGGUUGAGGUAACCUGUGAGAAUAUGCCUGGCGAUAUGCUGCCGCGCUCGAUAAUGAUGACCAAGCUUGAGAAUACGAUCUACUUGAUGGUGGCUUUAGGAGAUGGAACACUGUACUACUACCGUGUUGAUCGCGAAAAUGGCGCAUUGUUGGAAAUGAAGAAAGCUACGGUUGGAACUCAGCCACCUAGCUUAAAUCGUUUUUAUACUCGUGGCCAAAUGCACGUAUUCGUAUGUAGCGAUCGCCCUGCCGUGAUUUUCUCAUCCAACGGGAAACUGGUCUUUUCUAACGUGAAUCUGCGUAUAGUUACGCACGUCUGUGCCCUGAACUCGUCGUCCUACAGAAAUAGCCUUGUAUAUGUCGAUCGGAGAGACGACUUGUUAUUGGACCGUGGUAUGAAAAUCCAGAACACGGCACAUUCGCAACAGAUUCUGAUCGAUAUUCUGUAUCGAAGAUGGCUACAGCAAAAUCUGCGAGUAAAACUAGUGCUGGUAUGUCAACGACCGUCGAUUUCUAUUGAUGCAACUGAUGGUGAUGUACAUUCCAUUGUUACGCUUGACGAUAAUACUUUCGAAUACCUACACUGUCAUGAACUGGGAGCAUGUGAACAAGCUUUAAGUGUGAUUUCGACUAAACUUGGUGACGACCCAACGACGUACUACGUUGUCGGCACAGCUCUUGUCUACAGUGAUGAGACGGAGUCGAAAAAUGGACGCCUCCUUGUAUUCGAAUCCGGGAAAGGUUCAGAGCGGACACAUUUGCGAUUGGUGCAUGAGAAAGAAAUACGUGGUGCGCCAUUUGAUAUGGAUGUGCUCAACGGCAAACUUAUCGUGGCGAUCAAUAGCUCUGUCCGACUGUUUGAGUGGACUGCAGAGAAGGAGCUGCGUUUGGAGUGCUCUCAUUUCAACUACAUCACAGCUCUGUUCAUUAAAGUGAAGGGCGAUCAAGUUCUGGUGGGAGAUCUUAUGCGCUCAAUGACCAUAUUGAAUUACAAGGCAGUGGAAAGCACAUUCGAAGAAGUAGCCAAAGAUUAUCGUGGAAUGUGGAUGUCAGCAGUAGAAUUCAUCGAUGCUGAAACGGCACUUGGAGCUGAAGCAGGGCAUAACCUGUUCACCUGCGAAAUAGAUAGGGGAGCAGAUAAUGCAGAUGAAAAGCGCAGGCUAGCGGAAGCCGGCAUGUUCUACCUUGGAGAAAUGGUGAAUGUUUUCCAACGAGGAUCGCUUGUUUCAAGUCACGUGGACAAUCCACUACCGAUAGAGAAGCCUAUUCUUUAUGGAACUGUUGAUGGCACCAUAGGACUUAUUGUGCAAUUGCCAGAGAAAUAUUUCAGGUUUUUCUCCGACGUUGAAAAAGGUGUAGCUAAAGAGACUGACAACUGUAUGCGAAUUGAACACGCAGUAUACCGUCAAUUUACCAGUGAAAAACUUGUAGAUAAGGCAGUAGGCUUCAUUGAUGGAGAUUUAGUGGAAUCAUUACUGGAUAUGCCGCGGGAGACAGCUGCUGCAGCAUUGGCCGGUAUCCAGCGACCAGAUGGUGCGGUAGAGGGUUCAUCAUCGCCGGAGGAGCUGAUCAAGUUCAUCGAGGACAUUUCUCGAAUUCAUUAG